AUGAGCGCGCCCCACCCUCCACUCCUCCCCCACCACCCCUCCACAUUCUCCGCGGUGGGCGGCGACGGCGAUGGCGGAGACGAUCCCGCGAAAAACCGGCCCAGGAAAUCGAGCCACGAAGCGGACGCCGCGGCGGCAGUAGGAAACGAGGACGAUGAGAAUGAGGAGGGUGAGGAAGCAGCGCCGCCGAAGCAGCAGCAGCAGCAGCAGCAGCAGCAGCGGAGGAGGCGGCGAAUCCCCGAGGGGCCGCUCCAGUGCCCCGUCUGCGGCCGCACGUUCAAGUCGGCGAAGGCGCUCCACGGCCACAUGCGCUGCCACCCGGAGCGCAACUGGCGCGGCGUCACCCCCCCGACGACGGCAACUACGGUGAGAUUGGGCGAGAAGGAAGCGGCCGCCGACUCCCUCAUGCUUUUGUCGGCGCAGCCCCAGGACCAGGCGGAGGAGGAAGGGGGCCGGUUCCGGUGCGCGUCGUGCGGGGCGAGGUUCGGGACGCGGCAGGCGCUCGGAGGCCACCGCGCGAGCCACCGGAGCAAGAUCGGGUGCUAUAUGAAGGGGAAGGAGGGCGUCAGCAGUGGUGUGAGCGUUACAGAGAAAAGAGAUGAUAAUAAUAAUAAUAAUAAUAGUAAGGUGGUGGGGGUAGUGGGGGAGAGGAGGAGGAGGAGGGGUUACAAGAAGAGAGGCAGUGGCACUGGCAUUGACCAGGGACCGUCGUCGUCGUCGACGACGGCAGCGGCCGACGAAAGAGUCGAGGAGGGGCCGAGGAGGCGGCAGUGGGUGGUGGAUUUGAACCUGCCGCCGCCGCCGGAGGAUGAUAAUAAGGAUGAGCAAUCUCCUCCACCACCUUGA